AUGGACAACUCAGACUACGAUUCACGUGUCUCCGACAUGAUAUAUUCGGGUCCGUACGAGGAAUGUAAGUAUAAAAACGGAAAACCAAGAGAUCCACUAAACACUAUGGUAGAACAGGCAAAUAUUACUAGGCGACAAGUAGCACACCUGAUGGGAGAGGAGAAGUUGGAUAGAAAACUACAUGUUCCGAGUCCUAAAGUAGCAUCCCUCUACUGCCUACCAAAAGUCCAUAAAAACCCGUUAGCUACGCGUCCUAUUUCGUCCAAUAUCUGCACACCCACUGAAAAAAUGGCUGCAUGGCUGGUAGAUGAGCUGAGAAAGUACCCGGUGACACAGGGGAAAAGCGUAAAAAACUCCGUAGAAUUGGUUAAGCAGGUGGAGAAUCUGGAAAUCCGUAGGGGGGAAAUCCUAGUAUCCUUCGAUGUGACUGCCCUGUUCCCAAGUGUACCUGUGAAUGAAGCCAUAAAAUACUUGCGCACACACCUAGAACGUUACCGCGCCCCCCCAAAUCGCAUUGAGGCCUAUAUGUCAGUGGCCGAAUUAUGUAUGAAACAAAAUUUGUUUAUGUUCAGAGGAAAAAUUUAUAAACAGGUCUUCGGUCUAAGUAUGGGUAGUAAAUUGUCUCCACUGUUAGCCGAAAUUUUCAUGUCCAAUUUCGAGGCUGAAGCUGAAGGAAAUAAACUCUUCCCUCGGAUAUGGAAACGGUAUGUGGAUGACAUUUUUGCUUUGGUGAAGGAACGCACGCUAACACAGACUCUCGACUUUCUUAACUCACGGCACACCACAAUCAAGUUCACGAUUGAAAAAGAAGUCGAAGGAAAACUUCCUUUCCUUGAUUUACUUAUUACACGGAAGGAUAACAAUAAGCUAAAAUUUGGAAUCUAUCGAAAGCCAACUUCAACAGAUCGUUACAUCACAGCUGACUCGAACCAUUUCGGUGGUCAAAAACAGGCCGCUUUUCAUUCCAUGGCCCAUCGCAUCUUCAACAUACCGAUGGAAGAACAAGAGUUUUUAGCAGAAAAAUAA